AUGCGCCCAAACGCACACAAGGAGCUCAUGGCCAUGCGCCUGAAACGGCCUGUGGUUCCACUGAACACAACAAUUCGACACGUUGGCGACGUGACUGCACAACGUAGCAUCUUUUCGCGCUACUACACAACAUCAUACAACGUGAUCGAUGGCAAAUACGCAGCGACAUAUGCUUAUUCUACCCACGGGCUACUCUCACACUCGGUGGCCACUGCAUGA